AGCUUUAUAGUCUUUCUCCAUAACUCCCGCAAGGUUCGCCUUAGGCAGCUUGUGUGAACAAGAUGGACUGGCUCAUCUCACCGAUAUCAACACUUAGGGCUGUACAGGUCAUUGAGAGCCUUCUACCUUUCUCGGGAUGCGGGGCGUGCAUUAUGUUGUGCACACAUUCAUUAUCAUACAUUUUCUGUCCACAGUACUCCGUGUGGAGAAUGAUGCGUAACAUGGCAGAAACAUGCAUAUGUGCUGCUCUCGGAGCGUCAGGCAUCAUCGCUGAGGUUUGCCCUCGUGAUUCUCCGGCACACAAAAGGCUUCGAGCUGUAGCACCUUUCAUGACAUCUCUGUUGGGCCGAGCUCUCGUCUACAUAGUUUUUGGUAUGAUAUGCAGCGGUAAUUACACUUAUGUGUCGAGUACUUCUCACAAGAUUGAUCCGACCAGCCGUGCCCUGGCCGGAAUCGGCGACGAUAUUUCCAUAAGAGUGAAUUCAGCUUUUUGGGCCUUCUUUUGCGUCAUUUCUGGCAUGUAUAUGAUGACGACAGGCAUUAUUACUUUGGUGUAUUAUUUUAAAGUCAAUGGAUCUGUUCUUCAGAGCGAACGUCACCAAGAGCUCACAGCGACCUUCUUACGACGGACAGGCUGGGGAUUUGGUGCGGAUCGCGAUGCUAGUGACGGUCGGUCGGUUUCAUUCUCACCGUUCACACCGACCACAGAAGUUACGGCGGAGGGUUAUCAACAGCAGUAGUGGCUUUCGACGCCGCUCGUGCAAAUUCUGGCGAACCUCGCAGCUUAUCGGUCGUAGUUGUCCACCUGUUGUGC